AGAGUGUCGUCUAAAGUGAAUGUCGCACCUGUCUAUAGGUUGCUUUCAGUUUCUUCUUGACAACGACACAGUGCACGUUUGAUCAUUUUUUCUUAUUCUUAUUCUAUAUCGCAAGAUACAUCGACCAUUUACUCUUCCUCAGAUAUCAGUGAAAAGAAUCUGCAAGAAUUUCAAAUAAGAAGAAGAAGAAGAAGAAGAAGAAGAAGAAGAAGAAGAAGAAGAAGAAGAAGAAGGAGCUAAAAGCAAAGGAUAAUUCAAAAUGCAUCGCGUGGUCAUAUUAUUUAUCAUAGCUGUUACAGUAGUCACAGCCGAGGAAAUGGUUGCUGUCGUUCAUCUGAUUCCUCACAAUUCAUCCGUGAGAAAUAUUACAGGAGAUAUCACGAUUACUCAAUCUUUGCCAAAUGGACCAGUUAAACUAAGCGGUCAAGUGAACGGUCUGACGGAAGGACUUCAUGGUUUUCAUGUUCAUGAAAAAGGAAAUAUACAGGAAGGGUGUUUAUCGACUGGUGCUCAUUUUAAUCCUGAAAAUAACGUUCACGGUGCUCCGGAGAACACAGUUAGACACGUUGGUGACUUGGGUAAUAUCAGAGCCGAUGCCAAUGGAGAAGCGGUCAUCGAUAUCACCGACACGAUUAUCUCUCUCACUGGACCUAAUAGUAUUGUGGGUCGUGCUAUCGUAAUACACUCUAAUGAAGAUGAUUUGGGUAAAGGCAACAGCACUUUAUCCCUUUCGACAGGAAACGCAGGAGAUCGUUGGGCCUGUGGAAUUAUUGGAAUUCAGUCACCGAAUGGAAGUUGGUCGGGUUCCAAUCCUUUUACAUCACCGAGUAUGUUCAUCAUUGCAACGACUUUUAUGAUCGUUACUUUCCAUCACUUGAAGUAUUAACCAUCAUAAAAAAUCAACAAGUUUCUGCCAUCUAUAAAAAUGUAACGUAUCCAUUUCACGAUUUAUUAUAUCUGAAAGUUCACAUCGAAUAGGAAUGAAGGAAUAUUGAUGGAUAAAAUCUAAGAACAACGGUGAUAUUAAACUUAUAUAUCGGAUUUAUACUGUCGAUUUCUUCAUAUCUGAAAGCAUGGAAGUCAAUAUUGAUUUUAGAUCAUUGAAUGAUCUUUCAACCUUGGAUACAUCCUCUCGUACAUGUAUGUUUUAAUUAAACAUAUAUGAAGAUUUUAAAUAAAUUUAUUUAAUUAUCGUACGAAUUAUGUCAAAAAAGACAUACAGACGUAACAGAGGUACAGACGUAAUAAAUGUUGUUACUCAUAUGUAUUUAUGUACUUAUCAUGUCUGAAUAUAUGUUUGUAAAAAGAAGUUUAUCGCACUUAUCUUUAUUUCGUUCGUAAAACGUUUUUAAUUGCUUUAAUUAUUUGCUCUAGUCGAUGCCUUAGUCAGUAGAUUGCUUUUCGUUUGACGAACGAAUAUAUAUCGCAGAAAGAGUUAAUCGAUUUACUCUUUUUAUUUCAUGUGUAUGCAUACAUAAACACUUGUGUAUAUGUAUAUGUAUUAUUUAAGUAAAUAACGGUAAAAUUUA